AUGGUAUGUCUUUUCAAAACCCCAGAGAUAAAGGAGGUAAUGGCGCAGUCGGCCACGCAGUGGGACGACGACCGCGUCGAAACCACACCCGGGCAGAAGAAUAAACAAGAGUUCCCCUCUCGCCCGCCGGGCCUGGAUCGGAAGUAUACCUGGGUGCUCACGCGCGCGAUGGGUGCGCGGGAGUCAGAGAAGAAAGAGGCGGGGGAGCAAGAGGGGGCCGAGAUCUGCAAGAGUCUGAUGCAGAUUCCUGUUUAUCGAGCGCGAUCAGAUCGCCGCAGUGUUCAAACCGCCUUUGGAUACACCGACAGAGGGAAGGACUUGGACAUGUGA